GUCGUCUCAAUCUGUCUUAUCUUGUAAUCUCCAUUUGACAUUUCUCUUCUUAUUCUUCCUCGCUUUCUCGUGUACUCAUACAACCCUUUCCAAUUUCGUGAAAUUAGGGUUUUCUCACCCCCUUUCUUCCUUCACUGAUUCUCGAGAUACGAGAGAAUCCAGUUUCCUUAAUGAUUUCGUCUUGUCGGUUGCACUCGCCACUGGACCGUACAAUGCUUCUCGGGAUUUGACUUUGAGUAUAUAAUCCCAACGCUUGUUCUGCUGCCUUUUGUUUUUCGUAUUAUGGUUCCUUGUGUUUGAUGCCCAAAUAUCAAAGUGAGCGCCUCCAAUCAUAACAUAUUUUCCCCGAAACUGCUUUUGCCGUUUUCAUUGCAUUUUUUUUAUUGUUGAAUUUAAUUGAUUGCUGCAAUUCGUUUGGCGAUCUCUGUUUCGCAGGUUUACACAUCAUGUUCCUUAAUUGCACCAUUACUGAUUGACUGUUUUUUUUUUAAUAGAAAACUGUUUAAAAUUGGUUUAUGUUUUCAAAAUUGACUUGUAGUAAUUGCUUUUGUGCUUAUGCAUAUUGAUUUAAUUGAGGAUCACUAGUGAAGAAUUCUUAUGCUUUGCUGAUUGCAUGUCAUGAAUAUUUUUACUCAUGUUUAUGAUGUGUCUGGGGUGUUAUACUGCUGCAAAUUACCAUUUUCUAGUUGGAGUUAUGGAGUUCUCUUUUCAUAUUAUUGCAGUAGGAUGAAAGGUGUUAGAGAUUGGGUUUUCUCUCAAAUACUAUCCAAAUCACUGGUCUCGCCUUCACCAUUAUCUGCCAGUAAUAGUCUCUAUGCUGGAGAACAUCGGAAUGGAGAUGUUAAUGAGCAAGGUUCAGAUCACUCAGCUAGUUCAGUAUCAUCACCCAUUCCUUCUGACUCAUCAAACUCUUCAUACGGUGAUCAGAGUAAUCAGCAUAGUUCCUCCUUGCAGCUAGUUUCAGAUACAGAAAUCUAUCAGUAUCAACAUAACACUAAUGGAAGACGGAAGGAUACUUUGGCCAAGGUUGAGGAGCUCCAAGUUAAAUUCUUCCGAUUGCUCCAACGCCUUGGCCAGUCACGAGAAAAUUUUUUGGUUGCUAAGGUUCUUUAUCGGAUGCACCUGGCAUCUUUGAUUCGUGCCAAGGAAUCAGAUCUGAAAAGAGUUAAUCAUAGUAGCAGUAGAGCUCGAGCAAUAGCAAGCGAACAGGAAGCUACCGGUAUGCCUCAACUGGAUUUCUGCUGCAGAAUACUUGUCCUUGGAAAAACUGGAGUUGGUAAAAGUGCUACCAUAAAUUCUAUAUUUGGUCAAGCAAAAACCACCACCGGUGCUUUUCAACCUGCUACUAAUUGCAUCCAAGAAGUUGUGGGAAAUGUCAAUGGGCUUAACCUAACAUUUAUUGAUACCCCUGGUUUCCUGCCUUCCUCCACCAACAAUAUGAAAAGAAAUAAGAGGGUCAUGCUUUCUAUAAAGAGAUUCAUUAGAAAGUCCUCUCCAGAUAUUGUUUUGUUCUUUGAACGGCUUGAUUUUAUCAAUGCUGGUUAUGUUGACUUCCCACUUUUGAAACUUGUAACUGAAGUGUUUGGCUCGGCAAUUUGGUUCAACACCAUCAUAGUCAUGACUCAUUCUUCCUCUGCCAUUCCUGAAGGACCUGAUGGUUAUACUUUUAAUUAUGAGUCAUAUAUUUCUUAUUGUACUAAUAUAGUACAGCAGCAUAUACAACAGGCAGUGUUUGAUUCUAAGGUUGAAAACCCUGUACUUUUGGUGGAGAACCAUUCUCGAUGCCCACAAAAUAUUAUGGGAGAGAAAAUUCUCCCAAAUGGACAAGUUUGGAGAUCUCAACUCUUGUUAUUUUGCAUUUGUACCAAAGUUUUGGGUGAUGUAAAUUCUCUUCUAAAGUUUCAGAACAGUGUAGAGCUAGGGCCAUUAAACAGUCCCCGCAUUCCUUCUAUGCCCCAUCUCCUUUCGUCUCUCUUACGCCAUCGACUUGUAUCCAAUCUAAGUGGGACUGAUGAUGAAAUUGAGGAAAUAUUACUCUCUGAUAAGAAAGAAGAAGAUGAAUAUGAUCAACUUCCAUCCAUACGAGUGUUGACAAAAUCUCAGUUUGAAAAGUUGCCUGAGCCACUAAAAAAAGAUUAUCUGGAUGAAAUGGAUUACAGGGAAACUCUUUACUUAAAGAAGCAGUUGAAAGAAGACUAUCAGAGGCGCAAAGAGAAACUACUCUCAACAGAUAAAAAGUUUUUGAAUGGUGAUAACCCUGAUGAUCAACAGGCACCUACUGAACCUGUUUUGUUACCGGAUAUGGCUGUUCCUGCAAGUUUUGACUCAGAUUGCCAUAGCCAUAGAUAUCGUUGUCUUGUUUCUGAUGACCAAUUGCUUGUGAGACCUGUUCUUGAUCUACAAGGAUGGGAUCACGAUGUGGGCUUUGAUGGUAUAAACUUGGAGACUACUACAGAAAUAAAGAAGAAUGUAUAUGCCUCAGUUGUGGGACAGAUGAAUAAGAACAAACAGGAUUUCAGUAUUCAAUCUGAGUGUACUGCAGCUUAUGUUGAUCCGUUGGGCCCUACUUAUUCUAUGGGUGUUGAUGUUCAAUCCUCCGGUAAAGAUUUCAUUUGUACCGUUCAUAGCAACACAAAGUUGAAAAACAUAAAGCACAAUAUUGCUGACUGUGGUGUUUCUUUAACAUCUUUUGCUAAGAAGUACUACGUGGGUGCAAAACUUGAGGAUACUGUGUUUGUUGGGAAGAGAUUAAAAUUUGUUUUGAAUGCUGGCCGCAUGGAAGGUGCAGGACAAAUGGCAUAUGGUGGGAGUUUUGAAGCUAAUUUACGAGGGGAAGAUUAUCCUGUAAGAAAUGACAAUGUAAGCUUGACGAUGACAGUCCUCUCUUUCAAUAAAGAAAUGGUGUUGAGUGGAAGUUUACAAUCCGAGUUCAGGUUAUCUAGAAGCUCGAAAGCAUCUGUAAGUGCUAAUCUAAAUAGUCGUAAAAUGGGGCAAAUAUGUAUAAAGAUAAGUAGCUCGGAGCAUUUACAAAUUGCCUCGGUUGCAAUUCUCUCGAUUUGGAAAUUCCUAUCACGUAGAAAGGAAACUAAGAACUUGGUGAAGGAAGUAAUGGACUGAAGUCUGCUCUUGUUAGGUUUACAUACUGGUACUGAUACUUUUUGUUCAAGGAAGAUGCGAAAACAGUGAAGCAUUCUACAAGUCCUACGUAGAUAUAGACCUUUUUCCCCUGUAAAAGGAAGACAGAAAGUUAGAAAUGGACUGUAUUUUAUUUUUUGAAGAGGCUAGCUGGAAUUUUCUUUUCUGUGAUACUUCAGAUGCCAGUUUUUGUAAGUCUUUUUAGGUAAGGCUGGCUUGCAUCUUGAACUUAUUUCUAUCUGUAGAUUAUUGAUUAAUUAUCAGUAUGAGAGAAUUAAUAUUCAUUUCUAGUAAAUGAAGUCAUAAUUGUACAGGAAAGCACAGAAAAUGUCAGGACUUUCUUUUCUUUUUUCCUGUGAUUUGUUCAAGUAUUAGUAAGUUUGAAUGA